AUGUCAGCCCUGUUCUCAGUCUUCCUGAGCCUCCUCCUUCUCUGCAAGUUGGUUGCCCCGGUGACCUUUCGUCACCACCGCUAUGAUGACCUUGUCCGGACGCUGUACAAGGUGCACAACCAAUGCCCAGACAUCACGCGUGUCUACAGCAUCGGGCGCAGUGUGAAGGGAAGGCAGCUCUACGUGCUGGAGUUCAGCGACCACCCUGGAACCCACGAGCCCUUGGAACCAGAAUUCAAGUACGUGGGGAACAUGCACGGUAAUGAGGUGCUGGGCCGCGAGCUGCUGCUGCAGCUGUCCGAGUUCCUGUGCGAGGAGUACCGCAUCCGGAACCAGCGCAUCCUGUCACUCAUCCAGGACACCCGCAUCCACAUCCUGCCGUCCAUGAACCCCGACGGCUACGAGGUGGCUGCCGCCCAGGGCCCAAACAUGCCUGGGUAUCUGGUUGGUAGGAACAAUGCGAAUGGAGUGGACCUGAACCGCAACUUCCCUGAUCUCAAUACCUAUUUCUACUACAAUGAGAAGUAUGGAGGCCCCAACCACCACUUGCCCCUUCCAGACAACUGGAAAAACCAGGUGGAACCUGAGACCCGGGCCGUGAUCCAGUGGAUGCGCUCCUUGAACUUUGUUCUCUCAGCCAACCUCCACGGAGGGGCAGUGGUGGCCAAUUAUCCAUAUGACAAGUCCCUUGAGCAUCGGUUCCGAAAUCCCCACCGCUCUUCUAAUUCCCCGACGCCUGAUGAUAUGCUUUUCCAGAAGCUGGCCAAGGUCUACUCCUAUGCUCACGGAUGGAUGUUCCAAGGCUGGAACUGCGGGGAUUACUUCCCAGACGGCAUCACCAAUGGGGCUUCCUGGUAUUCUCUGAGCAAGGGAAUGCAAGACUUUAAUUAUCUGCACACCAACUGCUUUGAGAUCACUCUGGAACUGAGUUGUGACAAGUUUCCCCGGCAAGAGGAAUUACAACGGGAGUGGCUGGGUAAUCGGGAAGCCCUAAUCCAAUUCAUGGAACAGGUUCACCAGGGCAUCAAAGGAAUGGUGCUUGAUGAGAAUUAUAAUAAUCUCACAGGGGCUGUCAUUUCUGUUAGUGGCAUUAAUCAUGAUGUCACUUCAGGUGAACAUGGUGAUUACUUCCGACUACUGCUUCCAGGCACCUACGCCGUCACUGCCACAGCUCCUGGGUUCGACCCACAGACAGUGAGUGUGAUCGUGGGUCCUGCAGAACCAGCGCUGGUUAACUUCUACCUCAAGAGAAGCACGGUUCAAGUGUACCCUGUGAGGAGAGCUCCCGGCGGAGGGCCAGGGGGCAGAGUGAAAGUGCUGGCCCAGACACCCAGAAAGAAAGACUCAGGGAGGAAGCGGCCGCACAGAGGCCCUGCCUGA